GCUGCGGCUUUUUUCUCCGGCCUCCGCGGCGCGCCCCUCCUCGCCCCAGCGAUAGCGGGCACGCGGAUCCCUUUCGGCAGCUUCCCGAGUGCAGGCGCCGGCUGGCUGGGAAGACGUGGUAGGCAGCGCCUGCGAUUGAAAUCACAGAAGAUAUACUUGUUCUUCUUAAGAAAAAAAGAAGAAAUCUGUGUACUUUAUUGUCGGCUUCCAAAGAUUACUAACAUUUAUAUAUAUCAUUAAAAUUGAACUGCCUUGGCUAUACUGCUACUCUUAUUACUGCUGCUUCCAUUAUUGCCUUCUUCAGCAAAAUAAGGCUUUCAGAAGCCAAAGAAUAACGAGAAAUAAACACCAUUUUAGAAGCCUUUCCACUAUGAAACUUAAACUAAAUGUGCUCACCAUUAUUUUGCUGCCUAUCCACUUGUUAAUAACAAUAUACAGUGCCCUUAUGUUUAUUCCAUGGUAUUUUCUUACCAAUGCCAAGAAGAAAAACGCCAUGGCAAAGAGAAUAAAAGCUAAGCCCACUUCAGACAAACCUGGAAGUCCGUAUCGCUCUGUCACGCACUUCGACUCGCUAGCUGUCAUAGAUGUCCCUGGAGCAGACACCUUGGAUAAAUUAUUUGAUUAUGCUGUAUCCAAGUUUGGGAAGAAGGACAGCCUUGGGACCAGGGAAAUUCUAAAUGAAGAAAAUGAAAUGCAGCCAAAUGGAAAGGUUUUUAAGAAGUUAAUUCUCGGGAAUUAUAAAUGGAUGAACUAUCUCGAAGUGAACUGCAGAGUGAAUAACUUUGGUAGUGGACUCACUGCAUUGGGACUAAAACCAAAGAGCACUAUUGCCAUUUUCUGUGAGACCAGGGCUGAAUGGAUGAUCGCAGCACAGACCUGCUUUAAGUACAGCUUUCCUCUUGUGACUUUAUAUGCCACACUUGGCAAAGACGCAGUAGUUCACGGGCUAAAUGAAUCUGAGGCUUCCUAUCUGAUUACUAGUGUUGAACUUCUAGAAAGUAAACUUAAGACUGCAUUGUUAGAGGUCAACUGUGUCAAACAUAUCAUUUAUGUGGACGAUAAGACUAUCAAUAAAACAGAAUAUCCUGAAGGAUUUGAGAUUCACAGCAUGCAAUCAGUAGAAGAGUUGGGAUCUAAGCCAGAAAAUGCAGACGCCCCUCCAACUCGACCAACUCCUUCAGACAUGGCUAUCAUAAUGUAUACUAGUGGUUCUACUGGCCGACCCAAGGGAGUGAUGAUGCAUCAUAGAAAUCUGAUAGCUGGAAUGACAGGCCAGUGUGAAAGAAUACCUGGACUGGGACCAAAGGAUACAUAUAUUGGUUACUUGCCUUUGGCCCACGUACUAGAAUUGACAGCAGAGAUAUCUUGCUUUACCUACGGCUGUAGGAUUGGAUAUUCUUCUCCACUUACACUCUCAGACCAGUCCAGCAAAAUUAAAAAAGGAAGCAAAGGAGAUUGUACUGUACUGAAGCCUACACUUAUGGCAGCUGUUCCGGAAAUCAUGGAUAGAAUUUAUAAGAAUGUUAUGAGCAAAGUCCAAGAGAUGAACUAUAUUCAGAAAACUCUGUUCAAAAUAGGGUACGAUUACAAAUUGGAACAGAUCCAAAAGGGAUAUGAUGCACCUCUUUGCAAUCUGAUACUGUUUAAAAAGGUGAAAGCCCUGCUAGGCGGGAAUGUCCGUAUGAUGCUGUGUGGUGGAGCGCCACUGUCUCCUCAGACACACCGGUUCAUGAAUGUCUGCUUCUGCUGCCCAGUGGGCCAGGGUUAUGGAUUGACAGAAUCAUGUGGGGCUGGGACAGUUACUGAAGUUACUGACUAUACUACUGGCCGAGUUGGAGCCCCUCUUAUUUGCUGUGAAAUUAAACUAAAAGAUUGGCAGGAAGGCGGUUAUACAGUUCAUGACAAGCCAAACCCCAGAGGAGAAAUCGUAAUUGGUGGACAGAAUAUCUCCAUGGGAUAUUUUAAAAAUGAAGAGAAAACAGCAGAGGACUAUUAUGUGGAUCAUCGUGGACAACGGUGGUUUUGCACUGGUGAUAUUGGAGAAUUUCAUCCUGAUGGAUGCUUACAGAUUAUUGAUCGUAAGAAAGAUCUGGUGAAGUUGCAAGCAGGAGAAUACGUAUCUCUCGGGAAAGUAGAGGCUGCACUGAAGAACUGUCCACUUAUUGACAAUAUCUGUGCUUUUGCCAAAAGUGACCAGUCCUAUGUGAUCAGUUUUGUGGUUCCUAAUCAGAAAAAGUUGACUCUUUUAGCACAACAGAAAGGGGUAGAAGGAACUUGGGUUGAUAUCUGCAAUAACCCUGCCAUGGAAGCUGAAAUACUGAAAGAAAUUAGAGAAGCUGCAAAUACCAUGAAAUUGGAGCGAUUUGAAAUUCCAAUCAAGGUUCGCUUAAGCCCAGAGCCGUGGACCCCUGAAACUGGUUUGGUAACUGAUGCUUUCAAGCUGAAAAGGAAGGAACUGAAGAACCAUUACCUCAAAGACAUCGAGCGAAUGUAUGGGGGCAAAUGAAAGGCGGCUCUCUUAUUUACAGUUGUGCAGGAGGUGGCCUGGUGGUUUCUCAGUUCUAGAGCUUUAAGCCUUUGUUGAGCUGUCUGUUAGAAUGCAGAUACAUCAUUAUAAAGACAUGGUAAUAAAAGAAAAAACCAAAAUCGAUUAAAAUAGUUGUUGAAUCUACUUUCACUUAGUUAUGCGUAGUUCUAGUGACACUGAAAUUGAAAAGUGAUUUCCCUUUAGCUGUGUUAUUUUUAGAACAAUCCUGUUUUUAAAAUUUAGCCUAAGAUAUACUUGUUUCCUUAAAGAAAAAUAUUUGAUGAUGAGCAAAAUAAGUUGGAGUAGAAUGUAGUUUGAUGAGAUUUGCAGCUUCCAACGUCUGUUGUCUUCCAAUUUCAGAAGAAGCUUAAAUAUUAAGCAUGACAGAAAAUGUACGUUAACACUAGUCAAAGCAGGAGUGCUGCAGGGCUUUACAAUUCUCUUCCAACUAUCUUGAAAGGGAAAUUCAGUUGUGUUAUAAUAUACAGAAUCAAAUAAUACCUUGGAAGCCAUUUUACGAUUCAUAAUUGUGGUAUAAAUUAGACAUAGAAUCAUUGUAAUAUUGUGAAUAAUUACAGUGCUUAAAGUAAGAAUAAAACAACAUAUACACACCAAAUAAUACCUAGUAAUACUUAGAAAUAAAGGAAGAUUGAACCGUUUUUUUGAAACUUUGAGGUCUAAAAUCAGCAACUAUAAUUAUUUUAAAGAGAAAAGUACAUUUUUUUUAAUGUAGAAAAUUGCCUUUCUAUGUUUGUUCAAAAUGAAAGCCCGAGACCAAGAGUAAAAUGAUAGAAAGUUAAACAAAAUUAAACAGGACGCAUUUUCUCUGUUUUAAUAAGUGAUAAAAUCUUACAUAAUUGGAAUUGUGACCAUUGCAAAGCACUGAACUUGGGAAAGAGGUUUUGACUCUGAAUUUAUCUUUGGUAGCAGCGAUUGGUUUUGUCAUUAUUAAAUUGCAGGUGUAGUUUAUUGUCUGUUGGCCGUUGCUGAUUUGAUUCUCAAUCAGUAGUUUGGAUUUCAGAAAGCCUUUUAUUUUGCUUUAAUUUUAGCGAAGCGGGUUAUGAUGAACGACUUCCCUAGUAUCUUGUUUGAACCUAUGAGUGAUUAACUUGAGUGAGUUUUGGGAAGUUAAAGGGUAGAUAACAGUGUUAUCAUUUUUUCCUAUUUAUGCAGAGUUUAGAAACUGGAAAUGUUAGAUUUGGGAAAAGGGAAGAGUUACUUGAUAAGGGACUGAUGCUUGUGCAGUAACUUCGAGUGCGGGUUUCUUUUUGAAUCUUUAAUUAAAAUCUGGGAUUAUAUAUCCCUGAUUGUCACAUUUAAACCAUAGUUACUGUAAAAAGCAGAAAUUCUUAAUACUGUCAUUCUUUGCACUUUUUUCUUAAUCGUUUUAUAUAUAUAUACACGUAUAUAUAUAUAUAUAUGUUGCUUACAUUGCUUUGUACAGAUGUGGGCCACCACUGCAACAAAAUUAAUUCUUUUUGCUCAAAUAUUUAUAAAGAAAAUAAUUUAAAUGUUAUGUAUAUGGUGGUAAAAAGGAAAAAUGUCAUCUGGUAUUAUUAUAAACAAGAAUGAAGGUUUUUGUGAAGAUUUCUGUUCAGUGUUCUGCAAUGUAAAAAUCUAGACAGGUUUUCACUGAUGUUACAUGUAUGAGUAUUCUCAUUCUUCCCAACUUCCCUUUGAGGAGUGAAAAAAUGGUUAUGAUCAAAUAGGACUACUGUUGAGCUUCUACUGUUCCUGGCCCGCUGUUUAUCCUUUCAGGAUAAUCUUCUUAGACUUUCCCAAUGUGUGAUUUUUAUUUCUUUUUGCAAUGGUGAUUUUAAAUGUGUGAGUGCAUGCAUUACUAUCUUAGAUAUCUGCAGCCCUACCCACCGGCAGACAUCCUACACCCCACCUUCCCCAUCUCCCAAGAGCUAGGACACUGCCAACUAAUCUGCUGUAUAGGCCCUUUAGAAACACGUAAUAAACACUUAAGGUUGGGUGCUGCUAAUUCUUUGCGAAAAUCCAAAUAUUGUCAAGGGACCAGGGAGAUGCCACUGCCCCCUGAUUUUUCAUCUGAAAGAAGUCAUGUUUAUGUACACAGAAAUCUUUCCAUAUUCAUAGUACUUUUCAAGUUUUUGAGCAUAAAGAUUUUGAUCUCACAUUUUUAUACCUGUUUAAAUCGUUCACUGUUAAAUAUUAUUACAACAUGUCAACCAUCAAAUAAAGUUGUAUUUAAAAAAUUUACUACAGAUACAUUUGUAAGUCCAACACUUGUGACUUUUGCUUUAAUUACAUGAAAUGUGUCUUUUUACCUCCUUGAUAUUUUUAUUCAUUUUUAUUUUCUAGAGUGGAAGUAUAAUUGUAUGGUUUAUCAGAGCUGAAAUACAGAUGAAUGAUUCAAAAAGUCAGAAGUUAAGGAGAGUAAUGUUUCUUCAAGUGUAGUAAACUGAUUAAUGAUCCUUGCCUGUAUUUUCCUGAUUGCAUAUGACAAAUAUUUCUAAGGUAAUUAAAUGAGAAUAGGUUAAAGAUUGUGUAGUAUUUUGAAUUCGGAGAGAAAUGUUUUGAUUUUCAAAUGUAGUUACACAUUAGAAUGUAUUCAUAUUUGUACUCUGGUUAAACGCACGAUUUCAGGGUUGUUAACUAGAUUUUUUUGUUUCUUCUGAAUGGAAAGCUUUGUUUUUGUUUUUAAGUUUGCACUCAACUCUUAAUAAAUCCACCCAUGUUAUAUCAA